UUCAAUCGGGUUAGCAGUAAAGUGAUAAUAGUCUUAUUACUGAAUAUUUUUUACAUGUGCAGUUAUUAUAAUUUCGUUUUUCAUUUUUGACUUUUAAUGAAAUUGAAAAGAACAAGGGUGUCAUUUUAUAAAUGCACGGAAAUAUGUUAAAAUUUGAAAAGUUAAUGAUAUUUGAAGUUCGAAAUCCCCAAAGACAACAUAUCAAAAUAAAUAUUUAAAUAUUAAUCAAUCGGUUGAUUGCAGAAGUAAAUUUGAAUAGAAAAAUAGUGUAAUCUUUGUUGUGAUAGUAAUUGAUGACAAUCUCUGCUGAAACAUAAAAUAACUUAACUUAAUAUCAAUCAGUUAUGAAUGAACGUAAACUUGCAUCUUCCACAGCAUCUUUUGGAUACAAAUUUCUGUCGCAAUGAAUUAUUGGAUGAUACUCGUUAUUAUUGGAUUGACAUUUGAUGGUCAUCAAGUAUGCAGCCUCAUUGUGACAGAUAUUAAUGUACCUGGAAUUGUUGACUUUCGAGAUAAUGUAACAUUGUCGUGUAGCUAUAAUAUGGGUGGACACAAAUUGAAUUCAGUAAAAUGGUACAAGGACGAAAAUGAGUUUUUCCGAUAUUCACCCAUGAUGCAUCCAUACUACAUGAAGUUCCCAGUCGAAGGUGUCGAACUGCAGGAUAAUAAGCAUUUAUGCAAUUCAUCAAUAUGUCAAAUAGAACUUGGAACGUUGGGAAAGAACUCAUCAGGAGUUUAUAGAUGCGAGGUUUCUGGUGAUGCUCCUCAUUUUAAGCUCACAACUAAAGAAGCCAAUAUGACAGUGGCUGCUUUGCCCACAAACAAACCUCUCAUAGCUGGAUUCCAAAACAUGUACCACUUUGACGAAUUUGUAACGGCUAAUUGUUCUUCAGAUUACUCAAGUUCUCCCGUAAUUCUAUCCUUCUAUAUAAAUGGCGAAUUGGCUUUGCCAGCGGAACUUCUUCCACGCCAGGAAAUCACAUUUACUGCCCAUGAUUACCUUCUUAGACGUCAAGUACUUCAAAUCAACUUCUAUGUAAAUGGACCGCGUUUCAUACACUAUCGGAAGAUUUUGGAACUUAAAUGCGUAGCAGAUAUCCCAAGCUAUCCACACCUGAGACUAGAAUCCAAGGAAACAGCAAUUCUAACGCAUGAUCAAAACCUAAACAAUCAGAUGCUUCUUAGCACAGGUGAACGAAGUGCUUCUUCAACUUCUGUGCUAGCAAUAAGCAUUCUAGUCUUACGACUUGCUCUAUCUAUCAUCUUUAUUCAGACUCAAACUUUUAGCUAGUCACUCACUAACUCACUCAAUCACUCCGAAUGCCAAACAAAAAAUUUAAAAUAAAUGAAUUCAAAAAUCCGUAUAAAAGGUUUUUAAUUAAUUUCUUCAUAAAAAAUUAUAUAAAUGUUCAAACCAGGAUGUUGUAGUUAAACAUCAUAAACUAUAGCCAAAAAUUAACUGAACUGAUGCGGCGCGGAGCGGAGCGGAUCGGCGCAAAGGAAGAAAAGAAGUGUUCAAGGUUAAACAACAAAUCAAGGGGUUCACAGGGGAAUUUUAACUCAUAAGCACUUUAAAAAAUAAUAUAAAUCAAAUUUACAUUGAAACACACACAAAAUACUUAUCAAAACAGACAUUUAAAGGAUUUUCAAAAAAAUUUAAGUACAUAAAUAAAAAUAUUAUUAUUUGUUCAAAAAUUAUAUUUUGUAUAAAUUAAAAAAAAAAAAAACAAAAAUUAAGAUCAAAUCGGUCCUGAUGUGAAAUAAAAUCUAUGAGACAAAAAUGUAAAAACAAAAAUCUGAAUAGGGAAUGUGUUAUUAUAUUUAAGAUAAAUCAACAUUUUGUUAAGAAUUUGUGUUUUUUAUUACG